AAAGGUCAAAAAAUAGAAAAAAAUAAUUUUGGCGUUAUUUUUGCUGCUGAUUAAUUGGGUUUCUUUAGUUAUUGAGAUUUAGAGAGAAAAUUGUGAUUGAGAUUUAGAGGGAGAAAAUGCAAGCAAUGGCGAGUGCAAAGGAGAAGGUGAGCAACAUGGUGAGCUCAGCUAAGGAGCAUGCUGAUAUUUAUAAGGCCAAAGCUGAGGAAAAGGCUGAGAAGGCAAGAGCAAGGAACAAAGAGGAAAAGGAGAUUGCAGAUGAGCGUGAGAAAGCAAAGGUUGCCGAGGCGAAGAUGCAGCAUCACGGAGCCAAGGCGGAGCACAAGGCUGAAAAGGAGCAUGCCAAGCACUCCCAUAGUUUGCAUGUCCCUGAAGCUGGUAUACGCACCCAUGCCCAUGGCCUUGGCCUUCACCAUGAAGUGGAUACUUGUGAUACCGUCUACCCCACUGCCGGAGCUCCACCUCCAAGCAAAUAUUUGUAAUCUCUCUGGUUUUUUUAUGCCUCUCUCUCUCUCUCUCUCUGGUUUUUCGAGGUCUGUGUUUUCAGUCUUCCUUGCACACUUGAUUUUGGUGCGAUUUUUAUUUUAUUUUAUUUUAUUUUUGAAUGUGGGGCGUGAGGCUCUGUUGAGCUUCUUAUUUGGAGUGGGACUGGGAGUGCAGCAAUGUAUGUAUUGCUUAUUAGUAUUAUGAAUUCGAAGCUUGUAAAUUAAUUACCUAUAUUGGGCGUGUUAAUUACAUUAAUUAAGCCUGACCCCUACAGGAGGAAGUGGUAUUUUUAAAUA